CGGCUAUUUUCCUAUAAAUAGCAAGAAGCUAAACUCAUAAGAGUACACUUGAAUCCAUCGUCGUCGGAGAUUUAGGUGGUUGUUAAUUUAUAGCUGCUUAUUUUUGUGAUAAAACAUGGCUCGUACAAAACAGACUGCCCGAAAAUCUACUGGUGGAAAAGCUCCAAGGAAACAAUUGGCAACGAAAGCGGCGAGGAAGAGCGCUCCGUCUACCGGUGGGGUGAAGAAACCUCAUCGUUAUAGGCCCGGAACUGUAGCCCUUAGAGAAAUUCGUCGGUAUCAGAAGUCUACAGAGCUGCUAAUCCGAAAGUUGCCAUUCCAGAGACUGGUGCGAGAAAUUGCCCAAGACUUCAAAACUGACUUGAGAUUUCAGAGUGCAGCCAUUGGUGCCCUUCAGGAAGCAAGUGAAGCCUAUCUAGUUGGCCUGUUUGAAGAUACUAACUUGUGUGCCAUCCAUGCAAAACGAGUGACUAUAAUGCCUAAAGACAUUCAGCUGGCUCGUAGGAUACGUGGGGAAAGAGCCUAAGCCUUUGAAUUGUAGUUGGCUUUUGUAAUGUACAGUUUUGCGUUUGUAUAAUUUGUAUAUUCUGCUUUAAUUUAAAGUUUUAAAGUCAUUCCAUUAUCUGCUCAGGACGGCAGGUUUAAACCGAAUCGGGGGCAACUUAAAACAGCCUGAUCACCAAACAGCCUGAUUACCUUGGAGUACAGCCUGAUUACCUUGGAGUACUUGGUAAUGCAGAACUUUCAUGGGGUCUGGUAAACGGCCUUGAUGUGGUGCUAAAACACGGCAAUAUAUUGGAACUUUUUUAAAUGUGGUAAACGGACAAGUAUGCGAGACCACUGAUGUACAUAACUUUGGAAUAGUGUACAACUUGGCAGCUAUAGUAAAUGUGCAUUUAUAAUGGAUUUUAUAUUUGUGUCAACGUUUUGUAAAUAAAACAUUUGCAAAUGUGUACCUUAAA